UGGGAGGCAGGCUCUCGAAAGCAGGCUUGGUUUUGUAAGAGCUUCGUGGCCGUAGAAGCACGUGCCACCGUCGGUUUGUGGAGCGCUGGGCUGGGCGCUCUCGCCCCGCCAAGCUCCUCGCCACGGCCGUGCCGGGCAACCCCUGCGUGUCGAAGAUGGAGGGUGGCGUGGAUGGUCCCAUAGGGAUCCCGUUCCCUGAUCACAGCAGUGACAUCCUGAGCAGCCUGAAUGAACAGAGGAACAAUGGGCUGCUGUGCGAUGUGGUCAUCUUGGUGGAUGGGCAGGAGUUCCCCACCCAUCGCUCUGUCCUGGCCGCUUGCAGUCAGUACUUCAAGAAGCUCUUCACCUCAGGGUUAGUGGUGGACCAGCAAAAUUUGUAUGAGAUAGACUUUGUGAGCGUGGACGCCCUGUCGGCUCUGCUCGAGUUCGCUUACACCGCGACCCUUACCGUCAGCACUUCGAACGUCAAUGACAUCCUCAACGCCGCCAAACUGCUGGAGAUCCAGGCGGUAAGCGAUGUUUGCACGGAUCUCCUGGACAGGAAGAUUCUGGCCAAAAAUGACCAGAUGGAUAUAGUAGAUCAAAUUGAUCAAAGGAACCAUCUCAGAGCAAAAGAGUACCUGGAGUUCUUCCAGAGCAACCCCAUCAAUGGCCACCAAGGCAGCCUUCCGUGGACCAACCAAGACUUGAGAGACCUUCAGAGACUGAACUUCCAAGGCCAAGAGGAAGAGGAGGAGCCAGAAUGCAACGGCAUGGACUUCUACUCGCAAGCCCCCCUAAAUGAAAGACCAAAGGUGAACGACUGUGACCCCGACAGCAACCAGGACAUGUGGCUGGACAGAGACGAAGAGGAGACUGCUGGGUCCUUAUUCCCACCUUCCCAGAAUGGACAUUACAGUGGACGUAGUCUGCCAGCCCCAGGAGAUGAUGAUGCGGCCCAGGGGGGGCCUCUGGACCAGCAGGAAGCCAGCGACUCCCCCAGCUUUGCUCCUGGGGGGGCAGAAGUGGAGGAUGCUGACACCAGGGAUGUGGACAGCCUGGCUGCCAGCGCCCUGCUGCAGCAGAUGAUCAACUCUGUGGGGAGGCAGCAGCUAGGCGAUGAUGACCGCAAAGAUGAUGAUGGGGUCAUGGAUUAUUACUUGAAAUACUUCAGCAGUUCGAACGAGAACGACGUGUAUCCGUCCUGGUCCCAGAAGGAGAAGAAGAUCAGGGCAAAAGCAUUCCAGAAGUGCCCCAUCUGUGAGAAGGUGAUCCAGGGGGCUGGCAAGCUUCCCCGCCACAUCCGGACCCACACGGGCGAGAAACCCUAUGAAUGCAACAUCUGCAAAGUCCGAUUCACGAGGCAGGACAAGCUGAAGGUUCACAUGAGGAAACACACAGGUGAGAAACCAUACCUGUGCCAGCAGUGCGGGGCCGCUUUUGCUCACAACUACGACUUGAAGAACCACAUGCGUGUUCACACUGGCUUGCGGCCCUACCAGUGCGACAGUUGCUUCAAGACUUUCGUCCGAUCUGACCACUUGCACAGGCACCUUAAAAAAGAUGGUUGCAACGGUAUCCCAUCCAGAAGGGGACGGAAGCCCCGGGUGAGAGAUGUUGGCGGCUUGGCCGCCUCUACAGGGAACCCCGAAGACGGAAGCUUUCAAGGUGAUGGCGAGAAUCAAGAGUCAGAGGACACCACGCAGAGAAACAGCCCAGAGCAGCACUUUGAAGAUAGCCCUAACGAUGAAGCAUCAGGAAGUUUGAAUGUAGCAGGGGGGUCGUCUGAGGGUAACAACAUUCAAGGACUCUCCUAAACCAAAAAAAAAAGGUGUCACAAAAUCUAGUUAGUACUUUCCUCCAAUUUCUCUUCAAAGAUGUUUCUCUCCCUUUUUAAAACAAAAUGAGAUAUAUAUAUCUAUAGAUAUAGGUAUAGAUAUAUAUAUAUAUACAUAUAUAUAUAUGUGUGUGUGUGUGUAACGUUUCCAAUCUUCUCAUCAUAGCCAGGCUUCCUUUGGGAAGCUUUUCUAGCCAAGGGCCUUUUCUUUGAAGGCAGAUUCUUAGGAAGUUUGGGUUGAGGGUGGCAAGAUGGGUCUGUAACAUGGAAAGAAGCUUCCAUGUAAAUCCAAAGCUUUAUUUUGUGUCCAGACACACACAAAACAAAUUCUGAGAUGCAUCUCUUAAAAAAAAAGAAAUGAUGGAAAAAUGCUAAGAGCUGAAUGAACUUUCCUGGGCAGUUGAUACUUUUGGUGCCUCUGUUUGGCUGGACUGGGAAAAAUCAAGCUCAGAUUUUUUUGCUUCUUCUGUUUUGGAAAGAUAAAGCUCCCGAUGCCUGAGAUGCUCAUCGCAGGGUAUCUGAUACCUCCCAGGGGUUUGGGUCUUUCCUUCCCUGAUGCUGAGUAAAUUGAGGUAGCUUUGGCAAAAUCGUCCUUCAGAGCAGCCCCAGUGCAAUUAUAUUCACUUGCUAUUUGUGAUAAUGGAGGGGGUGGGGAUUAGGGAUACUUUACACAUUGAUUUAAAAAUGUUUAUGCCGUGUGUGUAGACAGACAAAAUUCUGCUCCAGACAUCAUGCUUGAAAUGCCUACAGUAACAACCAGGGUCCUUCCUAUAAGUUUAGCACUUCGUCCCUGACUGGGAGUAGGUUGUAAUCCUGGCUCUGCUCUCACAUCCCUUUGUGAUGUCAGGCAAAGCCACUUUUCCAUGGGUCUCAGCUUCCUCAGUUGUAAAAAUGAGGCUAAUGCUAUUUGUCCACAUUUGUAAAGUGCUUUGAGAUCUAGGGAGUCCACAUCAUGAGGGGAAGACUAACUCUUCUGCUUCCAAGGCAGAUGAGAAACAAACAGACAAACCUGUGCACCCUGCAGGGGAACCGCGUGAGAUUCUCUUGGACAAGACAGUGGUUUUCAGCUGGGGUGCUGCUAUUCCCCAUCAGGGGUGCCAGGAUGCAGGUACUGCCACCAUGGUGACAGCCAUGAACAUGCUUCUGCUGCAUUAGGGCUCUGUUCAGCCUAAAGCAGGCAGGAGCUGGCUUGGCCAUAGCCCUUCCCAGUCCACCAGUGUACCUUUCUUUCCAGGCGGAGCAUUGGGGCUGCUGGACCAAGAAGGGCUGCACAGCAUGAGGCAGCUCCUGCCUGCUUUAGGGUGAUUAAAGCCCUAAUGUAGGAGCGCGCUCAUGUGCCACAGCCCUUCCUGGAUCGGCUGUGCAGUAGUUGUAGGCCAGCUUUAUCUGGAGAUAGCAACACCCAGUUGAGAAACUCUGAAGUAGUUGAGCAGCACCGACAGUGGUUCUCAACCAGGGGUGCCGCCACCUUCCAGAAAGUGGUGCAGGGGGACUGUGGCUCUGAAAAGGCUGAGAUCCACUGCCUUAAGUGGUGGCCUCGUCUGCUCAGGUGGCACUUUUCCUGAGAGCGCUUGACCUGCCUGGUGAGCAGCACAUAUAUACAUCCUGUCCCCCACCUCAGAGAUGGCUGUAUUUCAGCCGGUACUAUGUGGUUGUAGAUUGUAAUAUGGUAUAGCACUAAAAGUCUUGUGUGAGUGUUAGAUGUCAGUAGAAAGAGAAUCUUGUGGCAACAAAACUAACUCCUCCUUGCAUAUUGAUAACCCUGAGUGGGACAGGGAAUAUGAGAAAGCAACAAAAAUUCCAGACAGUCUCUGAUUCAGGGAUGAGUUAGCAACACCCGCUUUAUUUUUUAGUGCCUGGCUCCGUGAUGACGAACUCUAGGUGUAGUAGAGCCAAGAGCUGUUCCAUUGCAACUGGGACAUCCUGACUUUCCCUUUUACAACAUAGCACUUACUUUCUCUUCCCUGUUUAUUCAUACUCUACUCCCGAAUCCCAACUCCAGUCGUGAAGCUAUGGUCAUCUCUAGGAUAGGGCAGAAGCCUUUGAGGCUCACAGCGACCCAGUGAUCACUGGAGUGGCUUCUUAACCUCAGCCUUCAGCCUUCCUGAGCAGCUGCUGCAUGGCCUAGUGACAGUCCUUAGCACUUGCUACAUUGCACCUUUCAGCCCAGGAUCUCAAAGCACUCGAUUCCAUGAUUAUUUAAGUUGAAAGAAUUUCUUGGAUGAGGAUUAUCCCGGAGAUUUUAGGAAUGAGAGCAAUGGUGUCAAAGCACACCCUAAAAAGGAGCUAGAAAUGAGAGAUGUCCUGCAAAGGUUAUUUAGGAUUUCCCUUAAAGAUUCAGGGAAUCAUUAUGAGGAGAGAAUUGGUAGGGCUAGAAAUAAAAGUCUGCUGAAGCUGCUAUCCCUUUAAGGCUUAGGGGAUUUGGAAACGUCUCUCCUAUGAGCACCUUGCGCUGGGUCAUCACACACCCUGACUUCUGGGGUAUGUAGUUCUGGUCCAUCAGACGGGCACCAAAGUAUUCACUGUCCAGCAGAGGCAGGGACUGUUAUUUAUUUGGAUCGGUGGUGCUGAAAGCCUUGCGCGGAGGAUACCAAUGGAACUAAGGUGCUGGCAGUGCCACGGGGCAGAAGAGGCAGCCUGCGGGCCUCUUAAUGCAAUGCAUAGCAGGUUCCUUCAGCAUCACCCAGCGCCCUGUUUCAGUGCCAAACAGACUUGGAAGUGACCUGUCUGGGAGAUCCUUAUGAUCGUAGGCCAGCGACUCCUUGAGAUAAAGAGGGUCAGGCCCUGUUCUCCCUAACAAAGGCCCCUUCCCAGCUCUCAGACAGCACAGAAAGAUGGUAAAACAACUAGAAAAUUACACCCACAGCUGGGCUGAGUACAGGAAAGAGGCAGGUGUUGCUUUCAGCUUCUCCAGCAUGUAGGAUCUUGUCCCAAUGUAGCUCUUUGGCUUGGGGGUGAUGUCUUACCAGUAGAGCUACACUGGGGCAGUCCCUCGUGCGGUCUCAGUUUGAGCCAUGUAAAGGUCAUUGUACUGUCACGUGCAGGAAGGAGAGUUGCUGUGCCGGUGUAAACACCUUUGCCCUAGUCCACCGGGCUACCGUGUAGGGCUUGAGGGAUGUCACUAGCAGUCCUGGCUCUGUGAUCUGAAAUAUCUCCCAGGGGUCACUCCCCAGCCUGUUCCCCAGCUCUCUAGCGAGACAAGUCCCUGCAUAUAGAGACAAGUAGAUGGGUGGGUACACAGCACACCCCGCUCCAGGUUAGGAGAGGACAGAUAAGGCACCUUUCAGCCAUUCACCUGGUUUUUAAAUGCACAGUGUAAAAUGAAAAGAGAUUCUAGUCCUUUAAUUUUAAAAGCACUUUUUAGAUUCUUUUUUGUUUGUUUUUUGAUUUCCAAGUGAGAGCAGGUUUGGCUGAAUGUAAUUGGAGCGGGAGUGAGAUG